UGGCGGCGCCCGCGCAGCCUCGUGCUGGGAAGGGUGCAAGAUGACCAACGAAGAACCUCUUCCUAAAAAGGUCCGACUGAGUGAAACAGACUUCAAAGUUAUGGCACGGGAUGAGUUAAUUCUAAGAUGGAAACAAUAUGAAGCAUAUGUUCAAGCUUUGGAGGGAAAGUAUACAGAUCUUAAUUCAAACGAUGUGACUGGUUUAAGGGAAUCUGAAGAAAAACUAAAGCAGCAACAGCAGGAGUCUGCACGCAGGGAGAACAUUCUUGUCAUGCGGCUAGCAACCAAGGAGCAAGAGAUGCAAGAGUGCACUACUCAAAUCCAGUACCUCAAGCAAGUUCAGCAGCUGAGUGUGGCCCAACUCAGAUCAACAAUGGUAGACCCAGCGAUCAACUUGUUUUUCCUAAAAAUGAAAGGUGAACUGGAACAGACUAAAGACAAACUGGAACAAGCCCAAAAUGAACUGAGUGCCUGGAAGUUUACGCCUGAUAGAGGCUUGAUGCCGUCGGAUUAUUCCGAAGAAGAGGCCAACUGCGAAAAAUUCCCCUUCUAG